AUGUCAGUUGGCGAAGUGAACGGACUGACAAGCUGGUUACACGAGUCACAGCGAGACCAGGAUCACGGCUAUGGAACGAGGAAGACGAUGGAGGCCAAGGGGAAAGGUCUGCCAAGAGAAGGUUUCGUGGAGCGAGGAAUGUGGUGGACGAAUAAGGGAACGCCCGUAGCGAGAAGGAGGCCCGACUUCCCCUUUGAUCUUCAGGGUCCCGGCGCGACGGGCGGCCACCUGGGGGCUUCUUUGCUUGUCAUGACAUGGGUGAGGGAAGCGCGGGAACGUCUUACGGGAAGUAAGGCCCAGGGUUGGAUCCUGCCGCUCGGUACCGCCGCCGUUAAAAAGCCAGUGUCGACAUCAACAGACUCCUAA